CUCCUCCCACCCCAGGAACGGCCGCGCUUGGGUGCACGGAGCUUUUCCUGGCGGGAUGAAAGUCGGCAGAUAAAAUAUUAGCCUCAGGUCGCAGCAUUCCUCCCUCCUGGCCAAACCGGCAUGACGGCGAUGAGGAGCCGAGCCGCGACGCCUGGCCGGUGAUGCAAGGCUCGAUCUUUCCAGCACGCUUUUCCCUCGGGCUCCAGGCUCUCCCGCGGGGGCAGCUCGGGCUGCUUUGGGUGUGGAGCUCCGGCAGCCUCCACCCGCUCCGGAUCCGGCCCUGGAAGCCGUGGAGUUGCAGCCACACUUGGAGCUUUCUUGGGGCUCUCUUGGUGUCCCAUCUCUGUCCUCCCCUCCCGCCUUCGCUGAGCCCCGGCUCCUCGCCCGGAGGAAGGGUGCACGUUGUGGGCAUCUCCCAUCCACCGAAAUCUAUGAUCAGCUCGGUGUGUGUCUCCUCCUACCGUGGACGCAAGUCUGGGAACAAACCACCCUCCAAAACAUGCCUGAAGGAAGAGAUGGGCAAAGGGGAAGAGUCGGACAAGAUCACCAUCAACGUAGGUGGCACCCGGCAUGAGACCUACAAGAGCACCCUGCGGACUUUGCCGGGCACGCGCCUGGCCUGGCUGGCCGACCCCGAUGCCCAGAGCAACUUUGACUUUGAUGGCAAAAGCAACGAGUUCUUCUUCGACCGGCACCCCGGGAUCUUCUCCUACGUGCUCAACUACUACCGCACCGGGAAGCUGCACUGCCCCGCGGACAUCUGCGGGCCCCUCUUCGAGGAGGAGCUCACCUACUGGGGCAUCGACGAGACCGACGUGGAGCCCUGCUGCUGGAUGACCUACCGCCAGCACCGCGACGCCGAGGAGGCCCUGGACAUCUUCGAGAGUCCCGAGCCUGGUGGAGGGGCUGGCGGAGAGGAGGCUGAAGAGGAAGGGGGUAGGGAGAUGGCCCUUCAGCGCCUGGGCAUGGAUGACAGGCCCCCGGGGGCGGCAGGGGCGGCCGGAGGGGGUGGCUGCUGCCGGAACUGGCAGCCCAAGAUGUGGGCGCUCUUUGAGGAUCCCUACUCUUCCAAGGCGGCAAGGGUGGUUGCUUUCGCCUCGCUUUUCUUCAUCCUGGUCUCCAUCACAACCUUCUGCCUGGAGACACACGAGGCCUUCAACAUCGACGUCAACGUGACAGAGACCCUGGUGGUUGGCAACACCACGACGGUGCUGCUGACCCACAAAGUGGAGACGGAGCCCAUCCUCACCUACAUCGAAGGGGUCUGCGUGCUGUGGUUCACCCUCGAGUUCCUGGUCCGCAUCAUCUGCUGCCCAGAUAAGCUUCUCUUCAUUAAAAACCUGCUCAACAUCAUUGACUUCGUGGCCAUCUUGCCCUUCUACCUGGAGGUGGGUCUCAGUGGCCUGUCCUCCAAAGCUGCCCGGGACGUGCUGGGCUUCCUGCGGGUGGUGCGCUUCGUCCGCAUCCUCCGGAUCUUCAAGCUGACGCGGCACUUUGUGGGUCUCCGGGUGCUGGGCCACACGCUGCGGGCCAGCACCAACGAGUUCCUGCUCCUCAUCAUCUUCCUCGCCUUGGGGGUCUUGAUUUUCGCCACCAUGAUCUACUACGCCGAGCGGAUCGGAGCCAAGACGUCCGACCCCACCGGGAGUGACCACACUCACUUUAAGAACAUCCCCAUCGGCUUCUGGUGGGCCGUGGUGACGAUGACGACCCUGGGCUAUGGUGACAUGUACCCCAAGACCUGGUCGGGGAUGGUGGUGGGGGCCCUGUGUGCCCUGGCCGGGGUGCUGACCAUCGCCAUGCCCGUGCCCGUCAUCGUCAAUAACUUUGGGAUGUACUAUUCCUUGGCCAUGGCCAAGCAGAAGCUGCCAAAGAAGAAGAAAAAGCAUAUACCCCGUCCGGCCCCGCUGGACUCCCCCACCUUCGGCAAAUCCGAGGAGAACUCGCCCCGGAACAGCACCCAGAGUGACACCUGCCCACUGGCAGUAGAGGAGGGGGCGACUGAGCGGAAACGGUCAGACUCCAAGCAGAACGGCGAGGCCAACGUGGUGCUGUCGGAUGAGGAGCAGCCGCUGUCCCCGACGGACGAGGAGAAGCGGCCGAUGCGGCGCUCCAGCACCCGGGACAAGAACAAGAAAUCCUCCACGUGCUUCCUGCUGGCCACGGGGGACUUCUCCUGUGCGGCAGAUGGGGGCAUCCAGAAAGGCUGUGGAAAGUCGCGGAGCCUGAGCAGCAUAGACGGCGUGGCAGGAGCCGCGGGGCAGCGCCCCUGCUCCCCCGUGCCCUCCAUCCUCUAAAGGACCUCGCUGUGCCCCCGGUGCCCCUCUGGUCCCCACCACGCCGAGCAGCCCCCGCUGGGACAUCUCCACCCCCAGGAGCUGGUUCUGAGCCCCUCCAGCUCCCCCCUGUCACGUCUCCACUGGCCUUGUCUCGUGUCCAUGUGGAUGGGCAGUCCCUGGAGGAGGUGUUGGGGUGCUUUUCCCCUCUUUGAAACCUUAUUCAUCCUAAAUAAACCCUGCAAUUCCCUCUGGUGUCGAGCCCUCCCUCCCGUGGGCCGUUUGUGUUGGGCUAAAGGGUGGUGGAAACACAAGGAGGACAAGUUGACUCAUGAAAUUAUAUCUCAUUGUGCUGGAAAUGGCUGAAUUCAUAUAUUUUUAGGUUUUAUUUUGUUUGGUUUUUCUUUAAAACCAGCCUCAAGUUUCCGGAGGCAACAGAUGAAUAAACCUCUAUUCCCUGCCCAGCAGUGGUUCCCCUCUUGUUUUGUGCCUCUUUCUGCCUAAAUCCUACUUGUUCUUUCCCAGAUUGUGGCUGCUUCUCCUUCCAACCUCAGGAUGGGCCUGAGGGGCCUUGGAAACCAGCCUUGAGAUCCCGUGGAGGCUGGAAGGCCUUGGGAGAGGGUUCAGGGAGCACACAGAGGCUGGGAUAAUAGGGAUGGAUAAUCCCAUGAAGAGCUGGGAAGUGUUGGCAAGAGGAAUAGAGGUCCCUGGCAAAGCUGCUGCUGGUGUGGAAUAGCAGGGCAGAGAGAGAUUUGAGGCAAAAUGAUGCCUAAACAGGUGGGGGAUGAAUCCUUGUUUGGGAUGGACGUGAGGAGGUGAUUCCAGAACAUUCCCACGGGGUGGGAGCUGGGUUUGAGCCAGGCUCUCCCCAUCCCUGGGAGGAUGAGGCUGGAGAGUCAAACUCCCUGUGGCACUGCUGGCUUUUGCUCACCUGUAUCGGUUUUUGGGAUGAUUUUGGAUUAUCUCAGGUAUCUUCCCGAACUAGAACAAACCCUUCAGUCCCUGGAUCAUUUCAGUUCUGUCCAGCCCAGCCUCCCUGGAGGUGUUUGGACCUUGGGUGGCUGCAGGGGGCAGGUUUGGGGUGUCCAGCCCUGGUCUGGAGUCUCCUCCGUGCUCUCUUGGCCUCUUCCCUCACUCUGAGCAAGGCAGGGCUGGAGCCCGGGGACUUUUCUGGGAGGACAGCUUAGAUUUGGACGUGUUUGAAAAGCAAAGAGCCCCCAGAGCUUUCCUGGGCUCAGACCCUUCCCCUCCAUCAUGGCCAACCUGGAUCUGGUGCUCAGGGAAUGGUGAGGUUGGACUUGAUCUUGGAGCUCUUUUCCAGCUUUAAGGAUUCUGUGAUUCCAAGGUCCCUGCAUGUGAAAGAAGCUGGGAUGGAUUUUGGCAGAUCCCACAGCCAGGACCCUCCUGCUCCACCCCAGGUUCCCUGUGCCUCAGUUUCCCUUGGUGUGGAGAAGCAUUUGCCAGGAGCAGCAGCCAGCACAUAUCCAAACCAGGCCCCUCUGAGUUUAUCCUUCCUUCCUUCCUUCC